AUGCGCCGGGAGGUAAACUGUCGGGUUUGGAAUUUGCCAGCGAAAAGAGCAGACGGGCAGAAAGACAACUUGAUUGUGUUUAGUGCAGUGGACGAAGAGAAGGAAAAGACCAAAGAGGCUCUGGGCCAUAAAUCUGUACGGCUAGUUGGCGGAGAGGUUUCUCGGACACCCGGCACGUCGCGGUCUUCUGCGAGCGAAGGGGGGGGGGGGGGGGGGGCGAAUUGCAGAUUGAUAAAGCAGCAUUACAAUCCCUUGAACUGGACGAGACAGUUGUUGCAACGUGUUUGA